CCCGCUGGGCCAAGAGCUUUUUAGCCCUUGGCAGGCGCCGUACUCCUCCAUCCGGCUUGGCCUGACUCUUUCGGCGCCGGCUGGAAGUGCGCUUCGCAGCGCGAAGUGGGUGGGAGGACCCGGCACCUCCUCUGCCUUGCUUCUUGCCUCUGCAGUCAGAUCCCCGGGGUGAAGAAAGUGUCUCCUUCUGGGUCUCCAGUAUGCUGCGGUGCCCCUGCGUUAACGCCCCCUUGUGCUGCAGCUACUGAAAGCCGCGACUACUCCAGCGCCUAGGUGCGGGCAGAGCAACCUCUGCUCUUUGCGGACCUGGCUGGAGGGUGCGGCCAGACUCUUCAGGCCGCGUCUCGGCGCGUCCUUCCUCCUAGUUCUCCCCCCACGCCCUCGCGUCUCCCGGAUCCCCCGCCCUCUCCUCGCUCUGCGCCUCCUCCCUGGCUGCGGGCUCACCGCUCCACACCGCCGCAGCGCCUAGCGUGUGGACAGCCUGCCGGAGGCACACACGCCUACACCCACUCCGCUCGACCGCACCCCUGCCCAGCAUGUCCGCGCUCGAGUGGUACGCCCACAAGUCCCUGGGCGACGGCAUCUUCUGGAUUCAGGAACGCUUCUAUGAGUCGGGCAACCGCGCCAACAUAUGGCUGGUGCGCGGUUCCGAGCAAGAUGUGGUGAUCGAUACGGGCCUGGGGCUGCGCAGCCUCCCAGAGUACCUGUACUCCUCCGGUCUCUUGCAGGAUCACGGGGCCAAAGAGGACGCGGCGUGCCGGCCACUGCUGGCGGUGGCCACCCACGUGCACUUCGACCACUCUGGAGGCCUCUACCAGUUCGACCGGGUGGCCGUGCAUCAUGCUGAGGCCGAGGCACUGGCUCGCGGGGACAACUUUGAGACCGUGACCUGGCUGUCUGAUAGCGAGGUGGUGCGGGCGCCCAGCCCCGGCUGGAGGGCCAGGCAGUUCCGAGUGCAGGCGGUACAGCCCACCCUCAUCCUGCAGGAUGGGGAUGUGAUCAACCUUGGUGACAGACAGCUCACUGUUAUGCACAUGCCUGGUCACUCCAGAGGCAGUAUUUGCUUACAUGACAAAGACCGGAAGAUUCUCUUCAGUGGAGAUGUCGUGUAUGAUGGAUCACUGAUUGACUGGCUCCCAUACAGCAGGAUAAGUGACUAUGUUGGAACCUGUGAACGUCUGAUAGAAUUAGUGGACAGAGGUCUGGUAGAGAAGGUGCUUCCUGGGCACUUCAAUACCUUUGGUGCUGAAAGGCUUUUUCGAUUGGCUUCUAACUAUAUUUCAAAAGCUGGGAUAUGUCACAAAGUUUCCACUUUUGCCAUGCGAUCUCUUGCGAGUUUAGCCUUACGUGUAACAAAUUCUAGGACCUCACCCUAGUAUCUAUACUGAUAACCUAUUAUGAUUAGUUCUAUAAAUUAAUCCAAUUCAUUUUGUGUUGUUUAAAGUGAUUAAUAGUGAGCAUUUCAAGAAGUGCUUUAUUAGAGAAAAAAAGAUUGAGAGUAAGCCAAAAAAGGAGGUUCUUUCUUUAAAUUUUUUCUUUCUUCCAAAUAAGAAAUCAAUAAAAUAAGCUUAUAAUUUGCCAAGCUGUCAUCUUAUAAUAUUUGUCACCUUGUAAUAUCCAGAAAUGACAUAGAACUAUACGCGAAAGCAAGGAGGCAUUUUGCAGUAACAGAAAGAACUGUCCCUGCCUCCCAUUUGUCUUAUUUUAUUUCCUAGAUGACCUAGAAAAAGAGGCGUAAAGUUUUAUGUUUAUACUCCAAACUUGAUAUUUUUAGUAUAUUAUUUAAAGGUAAAGGUUCUUGAGUUUAAAAUACAUUAGUAGUCAAUACAAACAUAUAAAUUAACAUUUAAAAUGACAGCUAAAACAGUCCAUGUUAUGGC